AUGUCCUGGACUCCUGUCCUGCUCCUGCUACUCGCCCACUGCACAGGCUGUGGCCUUCACCUGCUGCUGCAUCAGCCGCCGACCGAGGCCGCCUUCCUUGGAACCACAGUCCGCCUCACCUGCACCCUGAGCAGCGACCACAACAUCGGCGUUUACAGUGUCUUCUGGUACCAGCAGCGGCCAGGACACCCUCCGAAGUUCCUGCUGAGACACUUCUCCCACUUGGACAAGAACCGGGGCCCCGAGGUCCCCCCUCGCUUCUCUGGAUCCAAGGACGUGGCCAGGAACAGGGGGUACUUGAGCAUCUCUAAGCUGCAGCCCGAGGAUGAGGCUAUAUAUUUCUGUGCCGUGGGGGCCCAGAGCAUGGACAAGGAGAGGGACAUGGAGGGGUGGAUGAGGCUCGGGAAGGGCCAGGUGGGCCGUGAGGCCCCCAGGGGACUGGGUCCCAGUCCUAGGCUGCGCUGGCCCCUGCUGCUGCUGGGCUUGGCCAUGGGCACCCACGGCUUCCUGUCCUCGACGGAGGCACCUCGGAGCAGGGCCCUGGGCCCUGGAGCCCGGGUAGGAAGCACCCAGUACAGCCCGCAGAUCCCGUGGAGCAGGUUCCUGCUCCAGCCCAGCCCCCGGGGGGCGGGCGCCAGGUGCUGGCCCCGCCGGUUUUGGUCUGAGCCUCAGUUGAUGUUUGUCUUCGGUGGUGGGACCCAGCUCACCGUCCUAGGUCAGCCCAAGGCUGCCCCCUCCGUCACUCUGUUCCCACCCUCCUCUGAGGAGCUCCAAGCCAGCAAGGCCACGCUGGUGUGUCUGAUCAGUGACUUCUACCCGGGCGCCGUCACCGUGGCCUGGAAGGCAGACGGCAGCCCCGUCACCCAGGGCGUGGAGACCACCCAGCCCUCGAAACAGAGCAACAACAAGUACACGGCCAGCAGCUACCUGAGCCUGUCACCCGGCCAGUGGAAAGGUAGUAGCAGAUACAGCUGCCAGGUCACCCAUGAAGGCAGCACCGUGGAGAAGACAGUGUCCCCUGCAGAGUGUGCUUAG